AUGUUUUGGAACAAGAAGACGCCGGUGCUGGACCACUACCAGUUCAAAGGCAGUGUGUUUGGCGUGAGUCUGGACGAGUCGCUGAACACUGCGAACUCGCAGGUGAAGUUCGUGGACGACUCGGAGAAGACAGGGAGGAUACCCGUGAUAGUUGCCAAGUGCGGGCACUACUUGAAAAACAACGCGCUGGAGACGCCUGGGAUAUUUCGGGUGGCUGGGAACAGCAAGCGGAUACGAGAGCUGCAGAAUGUAUUCUCGGAGGGUCCUGAUUAUGGCAGGAGCUUCAACGAGUGGGACCAGUACAGUGUGCACGACGUAGCUUCUUUGCUCAAGCGGUACCUGACCAACAUGAAGAACAACGAGGCGCUGAUACCGAGUGACACCACUGAUGUGUUCGAGAGAGUACUUUUGCAGCACCCGGACGUGGUACAGUACCUCAAAGGAAGUUACUCGAGUGUAGUGGACCUGCAGAGUAAUAACAGCAGCACUGAGAGCGCUGUGGUCAGUGCCACCGCUGACACCGCUGACACCGCUGACACCGCUGACACCCCUAACACGGCUGGCAGUGUAAACAGGAUUAACGAACCAAUAGACAGUAUCAACAGCAUAGCCAUACAGUAUAAAGAUAUAGUAGUGACGCGACUGGAGCAGGACCGCAAGUACAUGUUCAUGUACCUGCUUGAUCUGCUGGGCAUGUUCGCAGCGCACUCAGGCGUCAAUUUAAUGACGCCGUGCAACCUUGCGGCGAUAUUCCAACCUGCCAUACUGGGCCAGGAGCGGAUAGUAGACAGCACUAAAGCGGACAGACUGGUUGUGGAGUUUAUGAUACAGUACAGCGACAAGCUACUAGAGCUGUUACACCUGGACAACGAAGUGUCGCGUGCCGUGGACCCCAUCUCUCCGCUGUCGCAGUCUCCACUACGGAUGCACAACAUGCACCACACAUACUACUACCGGGGCUCAAUGACCCCACCUAGACACACUACAGGGAGUGCGGGCACUUGUGCGACUAGCGACAUGACGCCAGCACGGGAAGUACCGCGCGGUGCGAUCGGCGACGUGCUGGACACGGCCGAUCGCACGGGCAGACGGUCCUCAUUGCCGUGGCUGUACAAGCUAAGACACAAACAGCUCUAA